AUGGCAAUCUCGUCGCAGCAGACGGGCUGGGAAGCCUCGGUGCUCACGAAAAAGGCCCUGUUGUGCUUUAUCGUCGGCGUGGUCUUCGUAACCCUGGAAAUGGACCUUCGAGCCGGACUCGGAGCCCAGCAGGCGCCCCAGAAAAACUAUAAACGGGAGGUUCUCCGCAAGCGCGAAAGUGACAACGGAAGCACCUGGCAACCAGAGCCAAACACAAAAUGGCAGAUCAAGUUAGAGGGCAAACUGCAAGAUACAUCGGUUGACGCACCCAUCUACGACAUCGAUCUGUUCGAAAACACGCCGGCGGGUAUCUCAGAACUGCACGACAGAGGCCGCAAAGUAAUCUGCUAUUUCUCCGCGGGGACAUACGAGGGCUGGCGACAAGACAAAGACAAAUUCGUCGAGGAGACAGACCUCGGCAAGGAGCUCGAGGAUUGGAACGAGCGCUGGCUCAACGUCAAGUCAACCAACGUGCAAAAGAUCAUGCAGGCGCGUCUGGACCUGGCACAAGAGAAGGGUUGUGAUGGCGUUGACCCGGACAACAUCGACGGCUUCGACAACGACAACGGGCUCGGUCUGACCCUCGACGACGCGGUGGCGUACGUCAAGUUCCUAGCCAGCGAGGCAUCCGCGCGCGGCAUGUCCAUCGGACUUAAGAACGGGGCGCAGCUUGUCGAUUCUGUCAUCGAGGAUGUCCAGUGGUCUGUGAAUGAGCAGUGUGCGCAGUUCAAGGAGUGCGGCGACUUUGCGGCUUUUAUUGAGGCGGGUAAACCUGUCUUCCAUAUUGAGUAUCCCAAGGGCGACGAUCCGGAUGAUGAUAGCCAGAAUACCGCUGAGGAUGUAUCUGAGCAGCAGAAGACGAACUCUUGCACUGCACGGAGCUCGGGCAAGUUCUCUACUGUGAUUAAGAAUGCGCGUCUGGAUGAUUUUGUCCAGUACUGCUAG